CAUGGCUCCUAUCCCAUAUUCCUGGCGUUCCUAACGGUCACAUGCCACGACUCGGUACCAACUCGUCCAAAAUGACCGAGUCACAAUCACCGAGUCACUCCCCUCCUCCUGAAGAACCAACACAAAACCAAAAAACACCAUUUCACGUUCCUGUAGAGAUAAUCAGUGACGAAGAAAUGGCGCUAAUCGAAGCUGCCUUCGCCGCCACGCGCGCUCUGGUGUCGUCUCCACCACGCGCUUCUUCAUCGGCUCAUUUCCGUGAAAACGUCAGGUCGAUUAAGUCAAUUACUCUGUUAUCGAAACGGAGUAUUUCGAGUUGUUCGCAGAGUGAUCCGUUAGUGAUCGAUGUAGAAGAUUCUGGAAGGUUAACAAGUAGCCAGAAGAGGAAUAGAGUUGUUGAUUCGUUGUUGCAUCGGUUUCGGAGGAACAGAGGCUUGUCUGUUACUGAUAUUACUGCCACAGAAUGGUGUGAAAAAAAGAUGGAGUAUUCUCUUCUCUGUGGCAAGCCCGAAAAGACCAAAGCUAUGAAAGCUGGUAGCAUUCGUCAUGAAGCACUCGAAGAAGAGGUGAUCAAAAAGGUAAAAGUUCAUGUUACGUCAGCUGAAGAUGUAUGGGCAUUGAAGUUCUUGAAUUUCAUAGUUGGCGCAAACCAACUAUUAUUUGAUGGAUUAACACGUGAAUUGCCUUUAGUAGGUUUUGCUGAAGGUGUUUGGAUGGUGGGAGUUAUUGAUGAGAUACGAAUGCCGAAAGGACAAACUGAUACAUACCCAAUGUUAGUCGACACAAAAACAAGAGUGAGAGCUAGCCUUCCUGGUGAACCGCAACGGAGGAAUGGAAGGCUUCAACUAAUGUGCUACAAGCAUCUGUGGGACAGCUUAGUGGCUGAUGAAUUCCCCUCCAGACAGUUUUUUGAUUUCUUCUCUCUGAAUCCGUAUCAGAUUUUAUCCGCUGAAAUCAGAGAGAAUACUGCUAAAUGUGGAUUCCCUGCAGAGACUCUCACUGAUAUGUUGAGGUACCUUCGCAAUACUUGGUGCAUGCUUCCACCAGCACAUGAGCAACUAAUGUUAAGGUAUGAAUUACAAGAAGAUCAAUCAUUGCUUGGUGAAGAUCAGUUUGAGUAUGAUCUUAACUGGGUAAAGGGUCAAAUAAAGUCUUCUUUAGAGGUCUGGCGAGGAGAAAGAGAAGCCAGUUACACCCCCGAAGAGGAGCGCUGGAAAUGCAGAUCUUGCAAGUUUGCUUCUGAAUGUCCAGCCAGCAAUUGUGGCUCCCAAGAGGAAAGGACAUUGAAUGCUAACAGCUAAGUUUGACAAGAUCAGUUCCCAACUAAACCCUUGAUAAAUUGAGAAUAUGUUCCGCGCACCGAUAAUCGUGUAAAGAAAUUUUACACUAUCAGAUUGAGUCGACCGAUAACAUGACUCUCUGUAUCAAGCCGGAUAGAGAAUAGGGAUUGACAAGUCUGGAGAAGGUAGUGUGUAGGCAGAUCUUACCCCUGCCUUGUGAGGUCAUGAAUUGUUGUAUAGGGAUUGAUUAAUUUAUUAUGCAUGAAUUUAAUGCAAGAAUUGUUAUGUAGUAAAUAACAAUCAAUUUAUUGCUAAUGCAAGCUGUGGCGGAGCUACAGCAUGUAGAUAGGUUAA